GUAGCCAGCCAGCCAGGUCUCUCGACUUUUGUUGUAAUUCACUAACGACGAAACCUUCAUUAUUUCUCUCUCUUUUUUAUACCGCUACUUCCAGUCUUUUCCUUUCCUCGUGGACACGCAGAUACAGAUACACACACACACUCCUUUACCGGUGUUUUUAUGUGCCGACGUCGCCUCGAGCUCGAUUGCCGCCCGACAUUACUUAGUUCAUAACGCCGAAGAAAUCUCUACGAGGGAGGGAGAAAAAAAAAAGAAAAGAAGGGUCAAUAGAAACAAUAAUAGCAACAGCAACAACGACAACAACGUACGAGAUGUCGACGACAGACCCGGGAGCGUCCUCCAUCACGGUCACAGUCCGAGUGCGGCCGUUCACCAUCCGAGAAGCCGCACAGCUGCAGAAGAACGACGACGGCACCCUGUUCCUCGGAGACGGCUCCUUGGCCGCCGCUCCUACCCCCAAGCUUAAACAACACGGCAUCCGCUCCGUCAUAAAAGUGGUCGACGACAGAUGUCUAGUGUUCGACCCACCGGAAGACAGCCCCGUGCAUAGGUUCUCGAGAUCGGUAGUCCCGAACGGCAAGAAGGUCAAAGACCAGGUCUUCGCCUUCGACCGGAUAUUCGACGAGAACACGACUCAGACCGAGGUAUACGAGGCCACCACAAAGACGCUACUCGACAGCGUCCUCGACGGCUACAACGCCACCGUCUUCGCGUACGGAGCCACGGGAUGCGGCAAGACCCACACCAUCACGGGCACGGCCCAGAUGCCCGGCAUCAUCUUCUUGACAAUGCAGGAACUGUUCGAGAAGAUUGCCGAGCGCAGCGACGAGAAGCACACCGAGAUAUCACUGUCCUACCUGGAAAUCUAUAACGAGACGAUCCGAGACCUGUUGGUCCCCGGAGGCAGCAAGCAGGGAUUGAUGCUCCGCGAGGACUCCAACCAGGCCGUCACCGUAGCCGGGCUCACGAGCCAUCAUCCUAGGGAUGUCCAAGAGGUCAUGGACAUGAUCGUACAGGGGAACGAGUACCGAACCGUAUCGCCGACGGAGGCGAACGCCACGUCUUCGCGAUCGCAUGCCGUCCUUCAGAUCAACGUCGCCCAGAAAGACCGCAACGCGGCGGUCAGCGAACCGCAUACCAUGGCUACCCUUAGCAUCAUCGAUCUCGCGGGUAGCGAACGCGCCAGCGCGACCAAGAACCGGGGCGAGAGGCUCUUAGAGGGUGCGAAUAUCAACAAGUCGCUUCUCGCACUGGGUAGCUGUAUCAACGCGCUCUGCGACGCGCGGAAGACGAACCACGUGCCCUACCGAAACAGCAAGCUCACACGGUUGCUCAAGUUCUCUCUAGGCGGCAACUGCAAGACGGUCAUGAUCGUAUGCGUCAGCCCGUCGAGCGCGCACUUUGACGAGACGCAGAACACGCUACGGUACGCCAACCGCGCCAAGAAUAUCCAGACCAAGGUGACUCGGAACGUCUUCAACGUCAACCGCCACGCCCAACAGAAGGACGCCGAGCGAACCUUCUUCAUCAAAUUCCAGAAGCAAAUGGAGAAGAGGGGAUAUUCUGUGAAGGAAGGAGUGCAGAGGAUCCGAAACGCAUACGAAAAUUCGCUACCCGAAAGGCAGGAGAAGGUGAACAACAUGAAGAAAUUGAGAGGUAUCGAGCGGCGCAUCGGCCUCCUGUCAUCCUGGAUCGCUUCGUUCGACGCCGUCUGCGACGCGAGAGAGGAUGAGGGCGCGAUGCCGUCGAAUCUGGUAGCCAUGCGGAAGACGGCACAGGGCAUCCUGCUGGAGCUCGAAAACAGCCGGUACCACAUCCACCAGAAGUUGGACAGGGCGAACUGGGAACGCGCCAUCGACGGAGCUCUGCAACACAGCAUCAGCCAGCUACCCGCGGGAGACGGCUACGCAGACAACGGCGAAAUCGACAGCCUGACAAGGGAAGCCGAGCUCUUAAAGUGCAAGUUCGCCCGGGAGGCCGACCGCGAAGUCCUGGAACAGGACAAGGUAGGCGAUACGGCAACGAUGCAGGUCCUUCUCACCGCGCAGUUCGAGACGCUCGCGUCGCUCUCCGAGACGAUAAGCAUGAGCGAGGAAGAGGCCGUCGCGCACGCCAAAAGCAUCAUCAACCGCCUGCUCGAGACCGGUUACGCGGCCACCUCGCAAGUCGUCAAACCCGACGGAGUUAAGAUGCCCGUCGAGGCAUUCCCGCCCACGAAACGCGGAACGCCCAAGCGAAAGAAGAUCUCGCUGCUGGGAAGGGAGCCAAUCAAACCCAUCCCGAUCCCGGCGCUAUCAGCCAUCGCGGAAUCUGAGGCAGAGCAGCUGCUGUCGCCCGUCAGGGGCUCUCCGCGACGCCGCAAGGCGCUCAACGCACGGAAAGGGGUUUCCUUCACUCCGGUCAAGAAGAGGUCUCCCUCAAAGCGGGCGGUCCGCUGGCGCGACGACGACGGCGAGACCCUGGCAGAUUUCGAGAAAACCCCUAAGAGAUUCGAGUCCUCGCCGGAUCGAGCCUCGCCAGGAAGAGCGAUACCCCGAUUUAACCCCAUCCCGUUCUCCCCUAUCAAGAACAGGGUAGCUGUGGAGGAGCCAAGCCCCCCCGUUACCGCUCCCGAGGCGACGUCAAGCCUCCCCGUUGCGAAGCCUAACAGGUUUCAAGCAGGCUUCCUGUCUAAGUCUCGGUCCCCGGAUGCCCGCGCCUCUCCCACGCCGCCGACCAUCUCCAUCAACCUCACUUCGCCGGAGCCCGAAGAAAAGCCCAGCCCGUUGCGCAACCUUGACGUAUCCCGAACCGCUAAUAUCGGCUCUCCCGGGUCGACGCGUCGCGCAUCCUUUAGCCCCAAGGCAGCCGCGGCCACGGCCUCGUCGUCUAUCCCCGCGCCUGUCCAGGCUUCGUCACUGUCGACGACAACCUUCCGCUCUUCAUCCUCUUCUUCGGAUGAAAACCACCCCCCGUCCUCAGACGACUCCGAGACAUCCAACUUCAUCGACGCGUCGAAGCUGCGGUCGGCGCUUCACGCGAGCAAGCGACCCAAGAGGCUGUCGAUGCUCGCGGGGAGCGUCGGGGCCGCCGGCUCGGCAGGCGCUCGACGCGUCUCGUCGAUCGGGUCCUUCGGUGGCUCGCACAAGGCCGGCAACGGCGCCGGCUACUACGGCCACAGCUACCACCACCACUCGGCGCCGCUGGCCUCGAGCACCAACGGCAUCUCGCGGAACCGCCGGAGCAGCUCCGAAAGGCGCCGCAGCCCGCCCAUCAGCUGCUCCCCGCCGGACCUGGGCGGCCCCGGGAGCGGCGCCAGCGCGUUCAAGGCCUUCACCCUGGGCCAGGCCAGGCGCAUGAACCUCGCGGGCAGCCUGCGCGGCGGCGCCGGCUCGAGCGUCCUGCAGGCUGCGGGCGCCACACAAUCCGACGGUGAGCGCGGACGCCGCAUCACUAUUGGCGGUGCGGCGGUGACGGCUGGCGGGGUUGGAGUGGGCGGGGACGCGCGCAGAGGGGAGAAGGGGGCGGUGGUGUGGCGAUGA